AUGUUCACGGCCGAGCUGCUCGACCUCAAGACUGCGCUCCAGUGCACGUUAACGCGCCUAAGUACGGCGCUCACCACGUCCGAAGACGACGGCGACCAUCACUGUCCAUCACGAGCGGCUGCACCUACGACUGCACGAGCGACAGCGUCGACAGGACAUGAGCGACAAGACCUUUCCAGGCCAUGGCCUCGCCACGAGUUGAGGCGAAAAGUAGCAGCAGCGUCGACCGAACGGCGAGCGCUCGAGCGGCAGCUGCAGCACCAGCGACAGACGCUGGACGCGAUGGCGCAGAAGCGACGGACGGACCGACGGCGGCGGACCGCGUGGCAGCGAGCGAUGGCGCAGCUGCAGGAGCAGCAGACGCAGAUUCGACAGGAGUUGGAGCGUGUUGCGGCAGGCACAGACGUGAUGGAGCGACAGGGCGCAGAAGCAGAUGGAGACAGUUGUUGCAAAGGGAUUCCAAUGGUCGGGAAAGAGACGACGAGGACGACGACGCGUUGCGUGGACGAUACAUUGCGUGGGCAGCAGACGCAGACGUAUUCGAUUGGUGGCGUCGUGACGCUCGAGCCAUUGGCUCGUUUGAAGUGGGAGAAGCACGAGAAGGAGGAGCGGAAGCCAAAGCAGCAACAAACAUCUGCUCGGCGAGUGGAUGCGGUGGCGUGGUUGAAACAGAACGCGUCGUUCGGUUCAGCAGUAGUAGAAGAGAAAGAAGGCGACGAUGAAGAGGACGACGACGUGGGUACUUGUAGAAGAGACAUGGACCAGCUGCGGAGACUGCGCUGUUCAAAGCGCCCACCUGACGCGUUGACUGACGUGUUUUUGCUGCAAUUGAAGUUUGCCGAGACGAUGCUGAAGCUUGAAAAGUCAGUGCAGAUGCGCGAUCAGUUGCUUCGGGGAUGUCGGACGACAAGCAGGACAGGAACGCCAGCGAAAGCAAAGUUGGGGCAAGAUUGUUCGUGUUGCAGACAGGCAAGAUGGUCUAGUGAGCGUGAAGGCAGUAGCGACGAAUCGGUCAGCUCCUCUUCAUUGUCCUCUCUCAAGUCCACGCCGUCUUGUGGUCAAAAGUUACGGACGCGAUGCCCGGAUCUUCGAGACCCCGGAGCGACUAUAGCUGAGAAAUAUGUACCUUCUUCGUUAGGUGCAGAUAAUUCACCUAGCCCGGAGCUGGCCGGGGUGGCAUCGAUGUCCUCGAUUACGACACCACCUCGUGAUUCUCCCGAGGAAAGUUGGAACAGUGAUUGCGGACAUGACUUGUUUGACGGACAAGAGUCGCAGACUUACGAAACUCCGACAACAGGGAGUAGCGGGACCACUCCGACCACUGGGAGUGAUCAAAAGUCUGCAUCUUCGAUGUCGAAGCAGGUUCGCUUCGGCAACGAUGCGUACUCUACUCCAGUGCUUGCCCGUAAGUUCAAUUUCGAUGGCCCGUCGGUUGACGACGACGACGAUGGUGAGGAAGAGGAGCACAAGGAAGAGAGUGAGAGCAUUUUGAGCUUUCUGGGAGGAUCAGUUGUAAGCAGCACAGAGCUGAACGAGGUGUCAUUUUUGCGGGCCUUCGAGCACUUCCGUCGAGAGCUACAUUUGUCUGAGCUGACCAACGCUCCCGUCGACCCUUCCCUUGUGCGGAAACUGUUUGCAGAACCACAUUUGGCCGAGCCUGAUGAACCGAAUAGCACCAUGCGGCCUGUCAUUGAAGGGGCUCAGGACAGUGUUGAUAAGUUGACUAUCAAAGACGAUGGUUGCGACGACAUUGCGACGGUCCCAGGGCUAGCAGGUUUGAGCAUCCCAGAGUUGCAGGAGCGACGCAGACAACUCUGUUUGGACAUCCAAGCCGCGAGUGCUCAGCUUGUUCUAAACUCUGGCAGGAUGCUAGAUGUGACUAGAUCGCCGGACGUGAAACAGACUCGGGACCGCUUGAUGUCGAUGAGAGAUGAUGUCAAGUUGAUCGACGCACGAUUGAGUGGUUUGCAAUGA